AUGUCGCGCUCAGUAAGAUCGUCGCACUCGCGCACUACGACCAAUUCAUCUUCCCACCACAGCUCAAGUCUCUCCUCAAGCAAACCUCCAUCAGCACGCAGUCAUGGCAGUGCGACAGGAUCAAUGUCAACAAUCACCAGUGAGCCUUUCAUCCAUGCAGACGCCUUAGACACAACCAUUCAAUGGAUCCCAUCUUACUACCUUAAUGACUCCGAACAACAUGAUUCGACUAUUCGCGCAGCUCGCCGCAAUGCGCUUGUUACUCAUACGCCGACUUCUUCCAUCAUCUCUUCAAAGAUUGAUAUGUUGCCUCAGGGGUUGAUGCACCUGAUUCGUACUUCAAAAAUCGAGCAGUCUUCCAAGGACAUGCUGCUGGCUAUGGUCAGAAUGAUUGUCCACAUAUCUCAGCAGCUGUUUCCGCCUUCACAUAUCCUGCGCGGAGACGUUGCACGCGAUAUUGAAAACAUUGCGCAGGAUAUAUGUGACUUCUUGGACCUGGUAUUGGAGAAGCUCGAGCAAAGAUUUGAUGUUGCGAGCUCGGCCCAAGAUCAGCUGUCAGAUUAUCAAAUGCCAACCGAGAUUGCUCUGGAGGAAGUUACCAGAUGGAUCGACAUCAUUGAUGGACUACACAAGCCGACUCAUAUCGAGGCCAAGGUUUUUCGUCGCAUCGCUACCCUCUACGAUGAGUUUGUCUACAUUCCAUUUCUUCAACUCCAUCGUCAAGAGCCAGAACACAACAUGUAUCUUCUUCUGGACACCUAUCUUGACGCUAUCUUCAUUCGUUUACGUGCCAUCAUAACCGACGCUACCAGUGCCGAUGGGCUUGUGUAUGAGGUCGAGAAAACCCUGGAUGCUGCUGCCAUGGCACACGCGAAUAAGAUACCCAAGCGUCAUAUGCCCUCUCAGUCUAUGCCUGUUGUUCACAGCCCUAGAAUAUUGGGCAUGCGCCAAAGGGAGAACACCUUGUGA